UGGGAAUGUAAUGGUUGCCGGAAUAGGAACUACGCUUUCAGGUUUUUCUGUAAUAGGUGUAAGCAACCUCGUAUUCUCGUCGAUAAUAAGACCCCAGCUGAUUCUAAAUGGCUUCCUCGAAUCGGCGAUUGGAUCUGCUCCGAGUUGGUGGGAUUUUCUUGGUGGCCAAACAGGGGAAUUCUUCCCCCUUUUUGUACUGCUGAAUCAAGUUGUUCUUGAUGGUUUUUAUACAUGUUUCAUAUGAAAGCUAAACUGGGUAGAUAAUAGAUUCUUGACUGGAAAAUUUGCCAAACUAACAACAUGAAAAUGUUAAAUUAGCAAAAUAACCACAUUGAACUUGGGCUGUGCCACUGCGACCGUGAAGAUCGUUUAGUGUAAAUUUAUGGUCGCAAAACGACUAUAAUGGUUGUUUUUUAUGGUCUCAUAGUGUAAUCUUUGUCUUGCUACCAAAUAUAGUUAUUUUGAAUGACUAUUUUUACAAAACGCUACUGACUUGUGAUGUUCCAUUUUAGUUGAUUGUCCUAGCAUCCUAUUGGUUUAUUGGUUAGAAUAUUUUAUUGCAUUAUUACUGAAGAAGCUUGAUCAUUAACUUUUUUUGUUUUUUCAUAUAAGUAUAUGUAUGUCUAUAGUUAUAUAUAAAUAAUUCUCUUGUUUCCCUUUGUUUCUUGUUGUGGGUUUUGAUCUUCUAUUCACACUUAAGUAGUCAAGUAAGGGAUUAUAUAAUGCUUACAAGUUACCCAUUUGGUAUGAAUUCAAUUGUUGAGUUUAGGAACUUGCUAUCAAUUAGGUUGAGUGGUUUGUGUUUAUAUUUUUUGUAUUGUGUUUUGGUUGGGAUGGACUGGUUGGUGUGCGUAAUGCGUGUACUUGGGCUUCCUGGCUGCAUUUUCUGGGUUGGGUUUGUAUGGCAAAUGGAUCAAUAGGUUGCACUAACAACAAUUAUGCAUCAAGAGAAAAGUGCAAAAAGUGCGGGCAACCAAAGGAGGUAGCGGCAAUGCCAGCGAUUGCAAUGCCUGGAGCUUCUCUCCCAACUUAUUCGCAUUAUUUUGCCAGGGUCCAAGGAGGAGGAGGAGGAGUAGCAGAUCAAAGAAUGAAUGUUGGAUUAAUAGGAAAUGGCGCUUUUCAACAGUCUCUUCCUUUGACCUCUAAUUGGCCUGUAGCAGGGCAGCCAGCUAAUACUUGGUCCUUUGGUGGAAAUCCUAAUCCUGGAAUUCCUUAUGCGAAUCCUACGAGUCAGCUUCUUUCGGUUCCCAAAGGAUGGCGUAAUGGUGAUUGGUUAUGUACCUGUGGUUUCCAUAACUACUCUUCCCGUGAACAGUGCAAAAAAUGCAAUGCUUUUCCACCAGGACUCGGAACAAAGCGCUUAGCAUCUGAGGAGUUUGUGCAUGACUGGGACAACAAGAGGUUAAACAUUGGACAUACACAAGGGCAACAUCAAUCACACCUGGGUUUCGAGCCUCUGGUGGGUGCUAUUGGUGACUCAAAACCUAUAGCGUACACUCCCUAUCCCAAUGUAAGUUUCGAUGCAGCUCCAAGUUUGCAAAACCCCAUGCAAUUGCCACACCAACCAACUGCUCCUACAUUACUUGGUAAAGGCAGUGCGAAGCAAUGGCGGGAAGGGGAUUGGAUGUGCAAAAGUUGCAACAAUCAUAAUUAUGCAUCUCGAUCGCAAUGCAAUAGAUGCAAAACAGAAAGAGACGGAGUAACACAGUCCGUCGAUACCAGUUAGCCCCACCCCGCCCCCGAGUAGAUUACAUAAUUGGUGUGAGCUGUGAUAAUAAGAUAUGUAGAAACACUCUAUAAUGAUCCCAAUGAAAUAGUCCUAGAAUUAGGGAGCAAUGUCAUCUCCAAUUUCAUGUUAUGUGCACAUUAGAUUUCAUCAAACACAAACACUGAGUGAGUUUUACUAUAAUUUAUUAAUACCCAAAACGAGAAACUAACUCAAAAAUGAUCAGCCUUGUGGUUUGACAGUCUUUGCUCCCACAUUGUCUGAGAUUCAAGUUCCUUGUGGUUGUGGGUAAAAUUUCAAUAUAUAUAUAUAUAGAUAUAUAAAUAUAUUAUAAUUUACAAUUUCUGGUUGUGUAUAUAUAUAUAUUCAUUUUUAGUAUCCUCUGUAUUUAAUAUUUAUGUAUUUUAAACUGCUCUUAUUUAUACAUAAUUAAAUAUUUAAAUUUAAAUCUGAAACUCAUCUAAUUAAAAAUAUGUACUGAAUAAUAUAUUUUAUUUUUCUAACUUAAAAAAUAAUUUAAAAAGGAGACAUAACUAAUUGAAAAUUUACCAUUUUGGUUUGAAUAUAUAUACAAAAUAGAAGUUGAAGAAUAAUAACUGAGUUCAUAAUCUUCAUAUCAUCGUCAUCAGAUUCAGAGCCAGAGAAGCUACAAAAUCUCUGAAAAAGAUAAGAUAAGAUAAAAAAGAUCCACAACAAAAGGAUCAACACAACACUGUUGAGAUUAUCAUCUAUGGCUCAUCAUCAUCAUCAAGAUCCCUUAAACAAAUUACCAGGAGAAAGAGGAGCAGAAUCCAACUGAUAAAGAUUAAGCGACGGUCCAACAAACCUGAACAGAAUCCAUCCUCCGAUGACGAUAAAGAUCGAAGCGUAAGCAAACUUAUUAAGCCAAUACAAAGCUCCUUUCUCUCCCACGUAAAGCUCCCAAGCUUUCUCCGGCAAGCUCAUCUCCUCCCACUUCUUCACCACCGGAGUAACAGCCUUCUUCGUCUUUGCAAACCUUUCGUCUUCUUCGCCAUCACCUUCCUCGCGAAGCUUCUUCGAUUUCCUUCUCGACGAUCGCCUUCGGAAUCUCACCUCGACUGUUUCAGGAGGCGGUGUUAUUUGCGAAGACGCUGCCGGAGUGGUGUCGUCGGAGGUGGAGUUGUUGAUGGGAGUGAAUCUGAGUGUCCGGCGAGUGUGAGGUGAGAAUAGUCGGCGGUGGUUUUGGAGAGAUAAGGUGGUCGGCAAUGGCGGAACUCUGGUGAGAGAGUUGAGGAGUUUGGGUUCCAUUGGUGAGUGAGU